UAGGGCUGUCUAGAUACAAGCCCAAGCCCUGUUAACAUUUUGUUAUUAGACGCGAUUUCGAUUUAAUAGUACUGAGUUGGGCCGUGUACCUAAAACGCAAAAGACGGAUAUGACACGACUCUCAUCGUUUAGUCAUUCCUCUUCAAACAAGCAAGGGCCUCGAAGAGAAAAUAACACACACCGAUAUGUGGACCCACUAGGACGACCGGGUCCAACCCCACAACCUCUUCUACACGUCACGGCCAACGCGGGCGCUGGCCUCCCGCGAACAAAAACAAAACGGAAACCGACUGGCUAAGAAAAGUCGCCUCCAGAGGAGACCUGGCCAAUCCAGAACGCGAACGCCAGUACGAACGCAACCACGCCAGCGCGCGCCACUCGGAACGGAACCACCCUUCUUCUUGCAGCGAAAGAAAGAAAGCAAAACGAAUCCGCGUCGGCACCUAGCUGUUGAGCCCAACCUAUAAAUCCAACACCGUCUCCUCUCGCUCAUCACGCAAUCGAUCGCCAACGCCGCAAGAAACCAAAGGAUUCACUGCAGAAGAAGAAGCGUGAGGCAAGGGAGAGAACAGCAGCGAUGGCGCGGCGGGGCACGGAGGCGUUCCCGUACCUGGGCGCGCACUGCGACGAGCCGGACUGCAACCAGCUCGACUUCCUCCCGUUCGACUGCGACGGGUGCGGCAAGGUCUUCUGCGCGGCGCACCGGACGUACCGGGAACACGGCUGCGCCAAGGCGGCCGACCAGGGCCGCACCGUUGUCGUCUGCCCGGACUGCGGCGACGCCAUCGAGCGGACAGCGCCGGGGCAGGACGAGAAAGCCGUCCUGGAGGCGCACGCGCGGUCGCGGCGGUGCGACCCGGCGAGGAAGCGGAAACCUCGGUGCCCCGCGCGGCGGUGCAAGGAGCCGCUCACGUUCUCCAACACCAGCGAGUGCAAGGCCUGCGGACUGAAGGUGUGCCUCAGGCACCGCUUCCCGGCCGACCACGACUGCGCGGGGAAGUCGGUCGGCGCGUCCAAGGCGGCGGCCGCGGCCGCGGCCAGGAGGGCCGGCGGGGAGUGCGCCAAGGACGCCAAGAAGGGGAGCGGCGGCUGGACGCUGCCGGCGGCAGUCCGCAACCUCAAGAUAUUUUAACUUUUUAAGGAUUCAGCUGGUUGCGGACUUGCAAAAUUUAACGGCGAAAGGCACCAUUGUAGUAUCUUGAAACAACAUCGUCAGCUGGACGCUGGUUGCGGACUUGCAAGAUUUAACGGCCAAAGUCACCAUUGCAUCUUGAAACAACAUCGUCUUCUCCGCGGAGCAUAAAAAGAUUGCGCUUGUCAUGAAUGUUCCCUUGUGCCAUUGAGACAUUGCUCUGCAGAGCACGUCUAAGAACUAGUAUUGAUUUAUAAGAUUAUUCCAUGUUUUUUCAUGUAAUUAUUGUUAAAAUGCGGAUGCAAUUAUGUGCAAAUUGGUUAAACUACUUGUGCCAUUGGACUUUUA